ACGAAGAUGAGAAGCUGCCACGUGGCAACCAACCUCUGGAUACGCCUCCUAUUUUCCACCUCUCAAAAAAUAACACCAUAUUCAUUUAACCUUCCUUCACUGCAACUCCAUCAAAUCUUUCUUCCACACACUAUUACACACACUCACACACUAAAAUGGCCUCAACCUCCGCAGUAUCCAUGGCGAUGCCGCUGUCACGCGCCACCCAAAAGAGGCAAACCCCAUCCGCCGAUGCUUUCUUCAAGCCACUGCCGGCGAGGCUAUCCUCAUCCAAGGGCGGCGCCGCCGCCGUGUCGAAGUCCGCCGGGAAAUUCGCAGUCAGGGCUUCGUUGAAGGAGAAGGUCGUCACGGGACUGACGGCCGCCGCGCUGACCGCUUCCAUGGUCGUCCCCGACGUGGCGGAGGCGGCCAGCGGCGUGUCGCCGUCGCUCAACAAUUUCUUGCUCAGCAUCGCCGCCGGCGGGAUUGUGCUGACGGGCAUCAUCGGAGUGGUGGUCGGAGUUUCCAACUUUGAUCCCGUCAAUCGGGCCUGAUCAUGAUCGAGUCUCGGCAUGGUGUUUCUGUGUGUGUUUUUAGUAUGUGUAUCUAUCUAUCCAACGUUUUUCCAGCCCUGUUAAAUUUAUGAUUUCUUCUGUCAGCUUUGAUUCUUCCAUGAAGAUGUCUGAAACAGUAUCUUAGUCCUAAAUUUCAGGUCUUCUUUUAUUACAUGUA